AGAACCAACCAAUCCUAAUUCUUGGAACAAAAAGGCGACACCCGAUCUCUUGGAAGCCUUGAGCAUUGAUGCUACAGUGCCAGUACUACUCCCCAACCCACUAUCCCCAAACUAAGAAGAUCUAUUCUGAUUCUUUGAACUUGCUGGAGAUCUCAGCUGAGUUACAUUGUGGAUUGAAUCCAAAGUUCAUCUAUCUGUGCCAAUUGACUCGCCACUUUUUCAAGAAUUCCAAGAUCCUAAUAUUCUUGACACCCCAUCCCACUUUCACGGUCAGAUCCAUCGUUUGACUAUUACAAAGAAAUAGAUAGAUACCCAAUCAGGACUUGAAUCAUGUGGCGUGCUCAAAGUGCUACCCGUACUCUGCGUACUGCCUCAGCAAUUGCUUCCAGACGUCGUCCCAUUGUGUCUACUAAUAAGCACGGGAAGAUACCACCGUUGGGUGCUUUACUUUUUCAAAAUCAACCAGUCUCCAGGUUGUCAACACAUGCCAAUCCACACCGUACAGAGGAGGAGUCGUUGCAUGAUCCUACGUCGCUAUCAUCAUCUACGGAAGCCACAACCAAGAAAGGAGCUAAAGACCUGUUUCGAACCCUCAAGGCAUACAACAGCAUGCCCCAGAAUCUGUUAAUAGCACGCCAACAGCAACAUCAGACAACAUCAUGGAGAGAUGCCGACAUCUUUCAGGGAUACAAGCGGGGACAAUUUCUUGGAGGGGGGUCUUCAUGGGGGAGUGCAUCGGCUGCUGCUUCUGCAUUGGAGCCUGAUGAUGACUAUCAUGAGUUGGAAGAUCUGCGAGAAGAACAAGAAGAAAACUACCAUGAAGAUCCCAAAGUGGAAGAAGAAGAAUCAUGUGAGGAUCAAGUACUAUUGGAGGACCAAACAAAAUCACAGCCAUCACAACUACUUCCACAACAACAACAACAACAAUCUACUACAUGGUCAAAGAAGCAAGCUUCAAAUAAUAAUGACACUCGCAACAACAGAGAGCAAAAGUCCAGUCAGCAGAAAGAGGCCGAGUAUCACCUACAAAUGGCUAUGAAAAAGUUUCGAAAUCCUGAUCGAGCCAUUCAGAUUUUUCAACACGCCACCUUCCAUCGUGGCAUGGAGCUGUCACUCGAUCUUGUCAUGGACUUUUUCGAUUACUUGACGUACUCGCACCCCUUUCAUGCCUACGAAAUCCUCCACUACAUUCUGGCACGAACCCAGACAGAUGUCUUUGAACAACAACAAGACAGCUCACCGAUAACAACAGCGCAACAAACAAGAGUGGCAUCCAGCACGUUGGAAAAAGAACAAAUCGCAUUCCUGUAUCGACGAAUGUGUAUUGCUGUUCGGCUCGUUGACCCGGUCAAAAAUCUACACUCGGAAAUCAGAACCAUGGUGAGUGGUUUGUCGUCCGAGCUCAAGCAAUUGCACAUUGAUAUUCAAGAAGAGUGCUAUCCACACUUGGUCACUUCCUUGGUGACACAACGAUCGGCCGAUGUGGGACGAUGGGCAUGGCAUUUGUAUGCGAAAAUGUCCAAUAUGGAGCUCGACCUGCCACCCAAGUACUUUCAGCAUUUGUUGACUUGUGCCAAAUACAGUCGGAUGGACAAUCUGCCCUAUCAUGAUGUGUUGCAUCGGACUGUGCAGGGAGGGUUUCGUCCACUUCCUCACAUUGUCUUGACGGUUGUGGAAAACAUGUUUCCAUACACGCCAAACAUCCAGGGGUCCCAUGUCGCUCUGGAUGCGGUGCUCGAAUUGCAACGACAGACAGUGGAAAUCAUUCAGCAGCAACAGGAGGAGGUUGCCGAUAUUGAGAGACAAGUCAAUGAACGGUUAGAAAACAGCAAUGGUGACAUCCAACAACAAAAACAUGUCGAGAAGGAACUGAUGGAGCUCAAAAAGCGACUGGAUCUGAUACGACCACCGCAUUCCUACGUUAUGGGCAUGUCGACACUUGAGUACAUGGCCGACGCAGCCGCUCGCCACAAUCAUGUAGAGUUUACGAUGCUGAUUUGGGAUGCCUUGGACCUAUUUGGCAUGGAACCAACCAAAGAUAUAUACGAAAGCACAGUCUUGUGCUUUGCCAAGAACCCCCACUUGUGCGAUAGCGCCUUGGUCGUACUCAACGAUAUGGAAGAGAAAGGGUACAAACACUCGAGUGCCUUUGUCCGUUCUUUGACGACUGCUUUGCUACGGUCUGAUCCACGUUGCAUGGAGCGAGUGAAUGGUCUCCUGGACGCGUUCGUUGCGGGUGAGGAGGAUACAGUGCAGUUUACUCCCUCUCUGUUGAACAUUGUUUUGUCGGCUCAUGCGUGGAGAGGCAACGUGGAUAGCUGCCUGUCAUUGUUGGAAAUGUUCCAAUCCCAAGGAUGGUCACCCAGCAUUGAUUCCUUUACGUUUGUCUUGGAAUCGGUAGGGAAAGCUACCAGGCGACUGGUUGACGACAAGUUGCUGAUAAAUCCAAACAAGAAACAGUACAUUUUGGAUUCCUACCUUGCCACCGUGGAGAGCAUUCUGGGCCAACUGGAAGAAACGCAGGAUGAUCAAGGUAACCCAAUUGCACUUGACAAACGAUUCAUUCGGAAUUACAUUGAGUUCUUGUGUUUAAUCGAUGACGUCAAAACGGCUGGACUGGUCGUUAUUGACUUUCUGGAGCAAACGGGACGACUCGAGCAGCUCGUGGACAACAAGACCCUCCUCCGCGUGGCCGUGGCGCAUGCCAGCAAGGGUGACUAUGAUCUGGCCCGGCAAUUCGCGGCUAGUACGAGCGAGGUUCUUCCCUUCAUCGACGCCAAGAUUGACAAAAUUGAAGCCUUCCAAAACAGGGAGCAGCCUGAUGCCGCUGGGGAAGACUCGCAUGCAGCCACAUUGGAGGUCCAAGAUUCGAGCGUAUCUGACGACGAGCUCCGGUGACGAUUCCAGUACAUGUAGUCUCGCGCCGUUGCAUACCACAAGUUGUUACCGGCGUCAUUUCCAGUGGCACGCAUGUUGCUUCUGCUCUGGUUGUUGGAUUGACGAAGAUGCACAUUGAAUCAAUAGUAGAGAGCAAUAUACCAGGUAUUCAUCUAGAUCAUCAUGUAAAUAUC